UACUGCAGUAAUUAAAGCAUGAAAGCCAAGAAGCGUGACUCUAAAGUAGCACUAAUUCAGCACAUUAGUGGAACAUUAUAAAUGAGAGAUGAUUCGAAGUGCCAAACUGAAGAAAGAAGAUCGGGUGGACAUGGUGGUGGAAAUAUAUGACAGCAUAGACAAUAUUAGAAGUGAAGACCACAACACAGAACCGGUGUAUGCCAACACAAAGAAGACCCUGCAAACCCAACAUACAGUAGGUAUCAGGACAGAAUGCUGCAGACUGCCCGUCGUGUGUCUGGGGCUGCUGUGUGUUCUUCUGCUUACUGCUACCACAGUUUUAAGUGUCAAGUUCUACCUGCUGACUACAGAGAGAGCCCACUUAGAGAGAAGUUAUGAAAACGUGGUUGCAGAGACAGCACAAAACAUAAAAUGGUUUUCAGAACAGGCCUGCCAGUUUGGAUGGACAUACAACGGCUCCAGUUUUUACCACAUCUCUAUCAAUGAGAACACCUGGAAUACGUCUAGGAGCUACUGCAGAAUGAGGGGAGCUGACCUGGUGAUCAUAAACAGCAGAGCGGAACAGGACUUUGUCGACAAGCUGAGAAAUAAAAAACAAGCUUGGAUUGGUCUGACUGAUCAGGCCUCAGAGGGGGUCUGGAAAUGGGUGGACGACUCAGCACUGACUACUGGGUACUGGUUUAAAGGAGAACCCAAUGAUUUUAACAAAAAUGAGGACUGUGCUCUAAGUGGCUUUGAUGAGAGUCCCUCAAACUGGGCUGAUUCUUCCUGUGAAACUAAAAUGCUUUGUAUCUGCGAGAAGAAAAUGUUGUAACCAAGUCUCCUAUUGAGAACUGAAAUAUAAGAUUUGUCUCUUAAAAUGUUGUUGUCACUAGCAAUUUUAUUGUAGACAACAGUUUUAUUACAUAAAAUAAUCUUAAAAAUGUGGUCAUUGCCUUUCAUUUACCAAGCAUUUGUUUAGAAGGAACUAUUUCUAUAAUGUAUUUCAGAAAGCUGGUUCUUGUGCUGCAAUCCUUAUAACACAACCCAUGGUUGUGUAAGUAAUGAAAGUUGUAAGAGCCAAAUUGUGUCAUUGCAAUGACAUGUGCUAACAUUAUUUUGACCACAUUUUAACCGUACUUGUGUAAAAACUCAUUCUUGACAUCCGAAUCAUGUACAGCACUAUACAGUGGGUGAAAGUAUUGAAUACAUCAACAAUUUAAGUAAAUAUAUUUCUAAAGGUGCUACUGAUAUGAAAUUCUCACCAGAUGUCGGUAACAACCCAUCCAAUCUAUACAUGCAAAGAAAUCUAACUAUAGAUGUCCAUAAAUGAAGUUGUGCAGUAAUGAGAAAUGAAAUUCUUACUGAAAUUCAUGUAAUACUUCAUACAAAAGCCUUUGUUGGUGAUGACAGCUUCAAGACUGAUGGAGAAACUAGUCGCAUGCAUUGCUCAGGUGUGAUUUUGGCACAUUCUUCCACACAAACACUUCAAAUCCUCAAGGUUCUGUGGGCUUCUUCUAUGAACUCUGGGCUUUAGUUCCUUCCAUAGAUUUUCAAUUGGAUUCAGGUCAGGUGAUUGGCUGGGCCAUUCUAGCAGCUUUAUUUUCUUUCUCUGAAAACAGUCGAGUUUCCUUGGCUUUGUGUUUGGGAUCAUUGUCCUGCUGAAAUGUCCACCCUCGUUUCAUCAUCAUCCUGGUAGAUGGCAGCAGAUUUUUAUUAAGAAUGUCUCUUUUUUUAAUCAAGAUUUGUCCAUUCAUCCUUACUUUAAUUAACUUUAAAUGUGCUUCAAUAUGCUUUUUCUUCAGCAAUAGAGUCUUGCGUGGUGAGCGUCCAUACAGGCCAUGGCAGUUGAAUGCAUUUCUUAUUGUUUUGCUUUACUUAUCUUUGACACAAUUGUAAUGGCUGAUUCCAGGUCUUUCUGUAGCUUUCCAUAAGUGGUCUUUGGCUGUUGGACAACUCUUCUGAUAAUUCUCUGUCUGAAAUCUUGCGGGGAGCAUCUGGUCGUGGCCAGUUUAUGUUGAAAUGAUAUUCUUUCCACUUCCGGAUAAUGGCCCCAACAGUGCUCACUGACACCUUCAGUAGUUUAGAAAUUCUUCUGUAAUCAAUGCCGUCAGUAUGUUUUGCAACAAUAAGGUUGCAAAGGUCUUGAGAGAGCUUACUGGUUUUACCCAUCGUGAGAUGUUUCUUGUGUGGCACCUUGGUAAUGAGACACCUUUUUAUAGGCCAUCAGUUGAACCAGCUGAUAUUAAUUUGCACUAAGUGGCAGGAUUGCUUUCUAAUUACUGAUGGAUUUCAGCUGAUGUCAUGACUUUCCAUGGCUUUGUGCACCUCUCUUUUUUUCAUGUGUUCAAUACUUUUUCCCUGUGUCAUUUCUCAUUAUUAGACAUAAUUUAUGGACAUCUAUGGUUUGAUUUCUUUGCAUGUUUGAAUUGGAUGGGUUGUUACCGACAUCUGGUGAGAAUUUCAUGUCAAUAGUACUUUUGGAAAUAUAUUAACUUAGAAAAUUGGUGACAUGUUCACCAUUUACUUAUUUCACCUGCUGUACAUACUUGUGCCUUGUUGCUUUCCUUUUACAACUCAACCAAUUAAACCUAUUAAACCUGCUGCUGGUUUUGCCUGC